AAAAAUGAUAAUCCUUUUAAAAACCUACCAGAAAACCUUUUUCUUAUUGCUUUAAAUAAAUCUUCAACAGAGUAUGUAUCAGACCAAGCUAUAGCAGAUAAUAAUUCCAAUGAAGAAACUUUUCAGAACAAUAUAGUAGUUGAAUUAUCCCAAGAUA